UCGAGGCCAGUCUGAACUGCAUAGUGACACCCUGUCCUAAAAGACGAAGAGAAGAAGAAAAUAGCACGCAAAUGAAUAAAUUGUCUGGGUGAACAUGGAAGAAAAUGAUGACCUUGGCAUGAAUACACAUGACCUUCCAGAUCAAGUGACCAAGCCUCAAAACUCAGUCUUGAAUGCUGAAGUGGAGUUUGUCCGAACUGGCUAUGGGAAGGAUAUGGUAAAAGUUCUCUGUAUCCAACGAUGUGGAAAAUACCACAGUAUUAAAGAGGUGGCAACAUCAGUGCAACUUACUCUGGGUUCCAAAAAAGAUUACCUGCAUGGAGAUAAUUCAGACAUCAUCCCUACAGACACCAUCAAGAAUACAGUUCAUGUCUUGGCAAAGUUCAAAGGGAUUAAAAGCAUAGAAACGUUUGCUUUGAAUAUCUGUGAGCAUUUCCUCUCUUCUUUUCACCAUGCCACCCGAGCUCAUGUCUACAUUGAGGAAGUCCCUUGGAAGCGUUUUGAAAAGAAUGGAGCUAAACACGUCCAUGCGUUUAUCCACACUCCCACGGGAACACAUUUCUGUGAGGUGGAGCAGAUGAGGAGUGAACCUCCAGUCAUUCAUUCUGGAAUCAAAGACCUCAAGGUUUUGAAAACAACCCAGUCUGGAUUUGAAGGAUUCAUCAAGGACCAGUUCACUACCCUCCCGGAAGUGAAGGACCGGUGCUUUGCUACCCAAGUAUACUCCAAGUGGCGCUAUCACCAGGGCAAAGAUGUGGAUUUUGAGGCUACUUGGGACACUGUUCGGGACAUUAUCCUGGAAAAAUUUGCUGGGCCCUAUGACAGAGGCGAGUAUUCGCCCUCUCUCCAGAAGACCCUCUAUGACAUACAGGUGCUUUCCCUGAGGCGGGUUCCUGAGAUAGAAGACAUGGAAGUCAUCCUGCCAAACAUUCACUACUUUAACAUAGACAUGUCAAAAAUGGGACUGAUCAACAAAGAAGAGGUCUUGCUGCCAUUAGACAAUCCAUAUGGCAAAAUUACUGGUACAGUCAAGAGGAAGCUGUCUUCAAAGCUGUGACAUUGUGACCACUGAUAGAAAUCCAUCUUAGCUGCAGAAUUCUUUAAGUCAUUUGUGAUUCUGGAGAUUCUAAUGUAUAUGCAGAUUUGCAACUCAGUAUAUUAAUUAUAGUGUACACUUUAUUUCUCUAUCAAAUGAUUUGUUUCUUUAUACCUAACUCAGCAAAAGGCAUUGUGUGCAUUAUCUCAUUAGUAAUUAUAAUAUGUUUUGUGAAUGUUAUUUACUUUAAAAAUACUGAACAGUAUUAAAACAAUCAUAAAUUAAUAUUUCUUUGUGGUGGUUUUGUGCAUUCCUAUCUUAGAGACGAUUUAGAAUCAAUCAUUAAAAGAUGAUCAUGAAUUAUGGAGGGGGGGUCACAUCAAUUAGUUUGAGCACAUACAUGUAUAAAAGCCAUU